AUGCCGCUUGAAAGUACAAUUAUCUGUGUUGACAAUAGUGAUUUUAUGCGCGAUGGCGAUUUCAUCCCGACGAGAAUGCAAGCUCAGCAAGAUGCCGUUUCACUGAUAUUCCAUGCAAAAACAAGAUCAAAUCCGGAGAAUAAUGUCGGAUUACUUACACUAUCUGACGGACGAGUUGUCACACAAUUGACGAGUGAUGUUGGAAAAGUGUUUUCGAAAUUACAUUUAUUACCAAUCGAAGGAAAACUUGACUUUUGUAAAGGAAUUAAAGUAGCAAAUUUAGCAUUAAAACACCGUCAGGGUAAAAAUCACCGACCCCGUAUUGUGGCAUUUGUUGGUAGUCCACUCGAUGUUGACGCAAAUGAAUUUACUAAAUUAGCCAAACGAUUGAGAAAAGAAAAAGUUUCAAUCGAUAUCGUGAUCUUCGGCGAAGAGUCUUCUCGAGAAAAGUUCGAAGAAUUUAUCACAGUCAUAAAUGGCAAAGAGAACACAAAUUCGCAUCUGAUAUGCGUACCGUCCGGAGCGAAUUUACCAGAUACGUUGAUUAAUACACCAAUUAUUCAGAGUGAAGAUGGAUCAGGACUACCGAACGGAUAUUCUGCAAGCGCUUUCGCCUUCGGAAUUAAUCCCGAAGAUGAUCCUGAACUAGCGAUGGCGCUUCGAAUUUCUAUGGAAGAACAACGACGUACGCAAGAAGCUGAAGUAAGUCGCGGUCCGACUAACGAAACAAAUCAAGCAAAUGCGGCAGUUCCAGAAGCAAAUAACAACGAAAUGGACGUUACUCGUCUGACAGAAGACGAGCAGAUCGCAUUGGCUAUCCAAAUGUCAAUGUCUCAAGCAGAAAGUGCUUCAACAGAUGAUGUUGAGAUGAAAGAGGAAGCUUCUGCUCAUUCGAAUACAUCUAAGACGAAUGAAGACAAACAAUCCACAGAUACUUUCGCAGCUUCUCUUAACGAUCCGCAAUUUCUACGUGAUGUUCUUCGAGAUUUGCCAGGUGUUGAUGUCGACAGCGAAGCUGUGCGCGCCGCACUUGAACAAGUUCAACAGCAACAAAAAGAUUCUGAUAAUGACAAAGACAAAUCAAAGCCCAAAGAUGGCAAAUAA